ACUAAUGCUAUCUGUUGAGACAGAAAAUCCAAAGAUCAUAGACUUUAUAUACAGUCUAUGAUAUACAUGAGAAGUGUAUAAAAUAGUAUAUAUCUACGUAAUAUACUCAUGUCUAAUGUUUAAGUCAUAUGGUAUAACUGCACAAGUGAUUAAUUUAAUACACCAUUCUGUCUAUCCAUCUAUCUAUCUAUUAUUAUAGAAAUGCUUGCAUUUAUAUUAUAUCUGUCGUUCUCUUUUAUUAUCAAUAACAUUUAAUAACACUAUGUUGUUUGUCUUAACCAUUGAUUCUAUGGAUUAUUUAUAGUGUACACAUUCUUAAAUCUUAAGCAUUAGUAGUAGUAUCUAUAUAUUGUAAAAAAAAAAACAUUGGAGUAUCGAUGUAAUAGUACCGAACUAUGUAGUACUGUCUUAGUAACGUCUAGGUAUUGAUGUAGUCAUAUCUAAAUAUUGUAAGAUUGUCUUGGUAAUGAAUGAACGAUGUAUAAGUAUUGAUGAGUUAUUGAAAUCAAGAUCCAAAUGUUCUUCACUACAAGACUGAAAUCAGGUUUUGUUAGACAUGUGUACACAAAAGAUGACGUCUCAAAGUGGCACAGAGAUAACGUUGCAGUCGAUGGCGAAAGGCCUGGAGUCAGGUCCUCUGUGGCCACUAUCUCCUCGACCAGUCCUAAACCUCUCCUUCCACCCAUCGGUACCGCCACCGAGAGGAUCAAACGUCUUCUUCAACCUAUUAUCUUCAGUCUGAACAAGGUCGGCGCCUCCUCGGUCGAAGCGGGGGAUUAUUCUCGAGUGGACGAGCAGCGGGGCUCUGGGAAAGCUACAGGUGCCGCCCUGGAUGGCUCCGGGAAGCAAGACGACCACAGUGAAAUCCUUGAAAGUACCCCUAAUCAACCUCGGCGGAGACGUCGUGUCCGUCGCCGUGGCCGACAGACUGUUGAGUAUGUGUUUAGAGGUGAUAAUUUCAACAUCAUCGCUGAUGUUAUCAUUAUCAUCACGCAUACUCUACUUGGCUCUAUGUACUUGAAUGAUUGUCCGGCUGCACCUGUCCUGCCAGUCUACUUGGUGACCAUAGGCGCCCUCACAACAAUAGAUCUCCUCAGUUGCAUUCUAUGUCGGACUUUAGCUUUACAAAACUGGUUGGACUGGACAGGAGUUGUCGACAUUGCAUCUGUUUUCUUUUCGGCGUUAUCCUUUCUUGUCUUCAUUGCAGGUUGUGUUUCGGUAUUUAGCCUGAAGUCAUUCUCGUUCGAGCCCAGUCACCGCCCUCGCUACUGUCACCCAGCCAUCUACUAUUUCACUCUCUCCACCAUAUCGGCCUUUCUUCUUCUCGUGCUGUUCUCGUGCCUGGCGCUCUGGGUGCUCUACUGCCUGGCCAGCUACCACGUCAUUGGACUGCACGUGAACGGGACUCACCAAGGCGUUCAGGGGAAUCCCCAUCGCCCACUUCUCGUCGGUACUGUGGUGAACGUGUAGAAACAUCAUUGUACACUAACAGAAAUACAAGUGGGACUUUGAAGUUUUCAUCAAAAUUAUCGGUGAAAUAAAAUAUUUAAAAAAAGGGCGGGAGGGAGGUCAAUUUAAAACAAAAUGUUAAGUAUUUGGGGCAUGAUUAUACCUGCAAUGACUACUGAAGUUACUAAUUAAGUCAAAAUUGGAUUCGAUCCUGAUGGGUGCUACAACUAUAGCCAACAUUGGAUUCGACCCUACACCGCUAGCACGUCUACACGCCAGUGGUUCCCGGCACUAAACGUGGCAUGCAGUUGGAACGCAUGAAAACAUUGCUAAUAAAUUCACAAAAUAAAAUGAUCACUCCCUUA